UGCGGAGAAAACUCAUUUUGGCCGCUUGUAACCGCUAUCUCGUUCUUUCGGUCACUACCCAAAGCUCAUGACCAUAGGUGAGGGUAGGAUCGUCGAUCGACCGGUAAAUCGAGAGCUUUGCCUUCUGACUCAGCUCUCUCUUCACCACGACAAUCCGGUACAACGCCCGCAUCACUUUCAAAAAACCUGAAGAAAAAAUGAUCAUGACCCCUUAAAAAGCAAGGCAGCUUUAUUAACAAAGCACAUUUCAUACACAUUUCAGUGUGCUUUCCAGGUGCAAGGAAAAAACAUAAAGGUAGAUUAAAAAAGUAAAUUUAAAAGACAAAUAAUAUUUGAUUUAGAAAAGUACAAAGUUAAAGUUCACUCAUAAACUCAAAUGAAAAAAAUAAAUAAAGUCUUCUAUUUUAGUAUAAAAGUUAAACACUGCUUGGAGCAAAACAUGAGGAACUCGGGAAAAGGUUCAGUUUUUUUGCACAUUCGUGUAUUUAAAAAAGUAAAUGUAAGGAAGAAUGAAUCUCAUUGUAGGCAGAGGCGCACCAGCUCAUGAGGGGUUUUACGCCCCUCCUCCUUGUCUGCCAGGCAGACACACCUUUCCUCCGCGGUCCUCCAGCGCUCCUUACCUUCUUGUCGCUCCUCUCUGCCUCGUUGUCUGGCUGUGAACUCUCACCCCAGCUGCUGCUUGGGAAAUGUCAUACAGGCAGAGGCCCGUGCUGCAGUGGGGAGAGGGGGGGCGUUAAGAGGAAGGAGAAAAAUAACAUCUUUGCCGCUGUCAGCGCAUCAUUUACCGGAGUCUCUGACUUGCCUGUGCCACAUCCCGCUACCAGCAGCUGCAGCGGCCGCCGACAAUUUACCGCAGCCUUAAUGCUCGUUUCGUAUUAGGGCUCAUAAAAAAAUAAAUAAAAAUCCGUGCCAGACGUGUGAGUAGCAACCCGUCGCUGUCGUUCUUCUCUACCGUGUGUGCCUGUAGCCUCACACCAUAGGAACAAAAAGUCAUUGAACCGUGUCGUGGUGUGUGUGGAGCGUGGAGUCAGUGUGCUGGUUUAGGCUUUAGAUGCAGCUUUGGGUCUGUUUGUAGGGGGGUUCCGAGUCGAGUCGGGUCGGCUAAUUGGCAGGGAAUAAAAAUACCAGCUUUUAUUUGCUCCUUAGAGGAGGAGAAAGCACGGCCAGUCCGCGGCUGCAGGGUGGAUGUAGCUUAGCGCGCCAGCCUGCUCGUUGGGAUAGAAAGCAGCUGUAGUUUGCUGCUGAGCCCGGGUGUCUCCAGUCAGUCAGAUGUGGAGGCCCGGGUUAGCGCUCACACACACGCAAACGCACUAGAAAUGCACUGGUGCUGGUGCUGAUAAAAACCAUUGGGUUUGUUGUCCCAUGAAGACCACACUGGACAGAUUGUUUGGGUUUGUGAUCUGAUGGCCUCACAGCUGGAGGAGCCGUGGUUUCACUCCGUAACUUUGCAUGGAACUCACUGUACUUUCUCAGCAGCCAGUCGUUUUAUAGAUCUGAGAUUUUUGUGGGUUUUGAAGGUUUCCUUCAAAUGUUCACCCUGACUUCAGUUUCGGAUGGAUUUCAUCUCCAGGGAACAUAUGGUCCAUCUUGCCCUGAAGAUGUCAGUCCAGCAAACGAACCAGCUCAUGAAGCUGCUGCCCAGCAGACGAUCCUGGGAUUGAGGCGUGAAUCCCUUCACACUGAUGGCCUGGACUGAGUUUCAGCUGGUCUGCUGAAACUAUGGGGAGCUGCUGGAGCUGUCUGUACAGAGACCCCAUCCGAGACAACCAUCUAACCAAGUUUAAGGUCAUCAAUGUGGAUGAUGAGGGCAACGAGCUGGGCUCUGGGAUUAUGGAGCUCACACAAACUGAGCUCAUCCUCCACACACGGAAGAGAGAUGCCAUCCGGUGGCCAUACCUCUGCCUGCGUCGCUACGGAUACGACUCCAACCUGUUUUCUUUUGAGAGCGGGCGUCGCUGUCAGACGGGGCAGGGAAUCUUUGCAUUCAAGUGUUCCCGAGCGGAGGAGAUCUUCAAUCUUCUCCAGGAGCUGAUGCAGUGUAACAGCAUCAACGUGGUGGAGGAAUCGAUGAUGAUGAGUCGCAGUGGUCAUACACCAGAGAUGGAAAUGUCUCGCACACCGCAGACUCCCAACACUCCAGCCUUUCCUGUCCAGUCUUUUCCCAACGGAUACCCAGGUUAUCCAAUCAGAGGUGAUCCCUCCCAGCAGUCUCUUUCUGAUGAUCAUGGGCACAGCCUCAUGGGUUUGGAAGACCAGACUCACACCUAUGUAAAUACUGUGAGUAUGGAGGGGGACCUGUCCAUGCGUCACUGUGUGCACUCUCUGCCGGAGGUGCGGCCCAGCACUUUGCCUGAAACAACACGGGGAGCCAUGCCUGUCGGCGGCCAAGGGAAUCCUCAGUCUAGCCUGCGAUGCUGUCCGCUUGAGGAGCGUCAAGAUCCUCAGGUGUUCCUACAGCCAUCCUCACAGGAAGUGAAAUUCAUGCUGGGCCCCACUCCAGCACAACGCCAUCUGCUGGAGAGGGAGAGGCAUGGGCACAAUCCUCACAAUCUUCAGCCAGCAGAGGGUGCAACAGGCUCAGAGACGGAGGGAGACGAGCCCUCUAUGCACCUGUGCAACUCUCACUCCUAUCACCAUUUCCAUCACCAUCUGCAUCGGCACCCGAGCCACGAGCAGUCGGACAGCUGCCAGAGCGGCGAACUCACCUAUGAGAACAUCAACGGCCUGCGGUGCAGCCGGAAGCAGCGGCUGAGCCCCAGCAGCGUGUCGCAGUCGGUGGGUUCAAGCAGCAGCAGCAGCACUGGGGACAGUCACUCACACUCCCUCCUGCACGCCCACGCCCACGGCCCCACUUCUCUUCCCCCGCAGGGCUACGCCUGCGAAAGGGGCAUGGGUGGAGGUCAUCGUCGGACCACUCUUCUGAACUACGAGAACUUGCCCUCUCUGCCGCCCGUGUGGGAGUACAGCGCUUUGCAUCGGGAUGACGAGCAGGAGGAGGAUGAUGAAGACCAGGAUGAGGAUGACUAUGAAGAAGAAGAGGAAGACUUUGAUGAAUAUGAGUUUUCAGAAGGCCCAGGGACCCCUAACGGGUACCACCAGGACAGCCGGGGUAUUCACCGGGAUGCCCUUCAGAACUAUGUGAACACAGAGCAGGUCCAGCCCCCCCGACAUCGACACGCCUGCCCCCCUCACCCGCGGCAGUGUCGACCGGACAGUGGGGGGCGAAUAUUUAGCUUUGAUUUCCGCAGACGAUCGCGUUCAGGGGUCGCAGGCUGCGAUCACGGCCUCAUGCCUCCGUCACGGCAGCUGAAUUACAUCCAGGUGGAUCUGGAGGGGGAACCUACGCGCCAAGCCCUCAGCAGCGGGGGUGCCCAGCCACAGCACCAGCGCCUGCCACCCAAAAAGUGUGGCCCACAGGCACCCCGACGCAGCGAAUGCUACGCUGUCAUUGACCUGAAGAAGACGGCCGCUAUGUCCAACCUGCAGAAAGCGCUGCCCAGGGACGAUGGAACUUCCAGAAAGACUCGCCACAACAGCACAGACCUGCCUCUGUAGAUUCAAACUGAAAGGGGCACGACGAAGAUGGGUGAAGGCUAAUCCUCAUGUUAGCACACUGGAUCCUCCACCUUCCUCCAUCCACUCAACCGUCAGCCCGACUAAACGCUACAGGUACCUAAUUGGAAACGAUUUGGGCAGAGGAAUUUAAAUGAGAAAUCUCCAAGGGGAAUUUGCCGGGAUUUUCCUUUUUGUUUGUUUUUUAGUUUUUGCUGAUCGGGUGUUUGGUGUGAACUCUCUUGACAGCAUUAAGUUUCAUUGUUUAUGACACUUGAUGCUGGACGCUGAUCCAACGGAGAGGAAACACCUUUGUUUUUGUUUUGUUAGUGAAAGCAAUCAUCGCCAUGUGGUAUUAGAAGUUUACACCCAUUCAUAUUUUGUUUUCUAACUUCAAACGUUAGAGAUGCAUUCCUCAUUGCAGAUGCGUAGCUGUUGGUGUGAAAGAACGUUAACGAUUCCUCCCAGGUAAAAGGCCAGUGUUCAUACCUCAUCACAAGCACUUAAGUCUAAUGUUGUGGCUUGUAUAUUUGUUACUGUAUACCUAAAGAGCAUUUUGCACACAAUCCAAUGGAAUUGUAUCGAAUUGCAUUAUUGGAUCUGAUCUGAGUUUGAGGGAAGAAAAAUGAGAUUAAGUGAAUUUAACAGUUUGAGAUCUUUGGAGUAUUUUCCUUAACUGUGUUAAAAAACAAAAGGUAGAACAUGUGGAUAAAAUUUGCUUUGGAUGUGUUCCGUCAACAUGUAGAAACUGAGAAUCAUAGCAUUUUAUCACCUCCUUACAGAUCACCCCAGACCUGCGAGGAUGUAGAUUCAUGCUUGUCACGUUGCACUUUUGGAUACCGGGCCACUUCGUCAUCACUCCUACACCGCUGGAGUCACAGGAUGACUCUUUUUUUUUUAUCUUUUUUAUCAUGGGAAAAAAAAACACUGGGCCAAAUCUUCUUUUUUGUAGAAAAAAGUGAUAGAAAUGAUCUUAUGGAAGAUAACUGCAGAUAGUGACAUUAAAGAGAGAGUUCAGACUAUUUGAAGCCCAUAUUAAUAUUCAACCUAAGCUCCAUUUGUGCCAGCUUGGUAAAAGCAAAACCAUUUCUCCAAUUUGAGAUUGUUCAGAGUAGAGAUCAAUGGAUAUUGAUUUUUCUAUUGCCGAUACCAAUGUCAAUAUUUAGGAGACGUACGCAGUCGAUGGCCGAUUUAUGCUGCCGAUUUUAAUGGCCAGUAUCUAGACAUUUCCUCCUUAUUUUCAUGCUAAAAUGUCACAAUCUCUGGAGCUGAAUCAGUUUUUGAACUCUGAAUGAACCUAAAUGUUAAAUUUUAACUUUGUGCAUUGCUCAGUGUUAACGUCAGACACCUAAAUAAAGUUAAUUUAGUGUAUUUCCUAUGCAGAUGUUCUUAGUGAACGUAAAACUACAUGCAAAUUAAAUUGUGCAACAGCACCAGGCUGCCCGAGGAUGUGCCUGACUCUAAACCAGCUUUACUAAGGACAAAUAUUGGCCGAUGUAUUAAAAAAUGGUAAAUAUCGGUCUACCUCUAGUUAUCUAUGGUAGGUGGGAUAUUGAUUGUAUGUAAUCUUGUAUCCACAGCCUUUUUUUUCCACAGGUCGCCAUCUAGUGGCAGAAAGUGUAUUAAACCUUAAGCCCCUCUUCCUACUUCCGUGACUACAGCUGGAAGCAACGCCUCUCCUUUGUGAAUGCACACUUUUAGUCGGCCAUUAGAGCAAAAACACAUUAUUUUACAAUUAUUAUUCACACGUUAUUUAUUUUCAUUUAUUAUUUAGAAAAUAUUAACAUUUUUAUAGGAAAUGUGACCAACUCUGUAUCAGUCUAGGUACUUCCACAAACACGUGCAUGCUCUGUGACUGACAUGUAUGUCUCACGCUAUUGGCUAAUGCUGAGCGGCACUUAAUUUAUUGGGGCUCUACAGGAUGAAGGUGGACUUAGCAAAAAACAAAAAAAAAAAAACGUACUGCCUACUUUCUAUCACAGCACAGUGUGAGACUAUCUCUCUUACGAAUUUCUAAACCAUCGUAAUUCCUGGAAGGGGGAAAACUCCAAAUUGCUUCAAAAGAUCUGAACUCUCUUUAGGGCAUGACAUCACAAGAUGAAUUUAUAUUAGCUUUUCUCAUUAAGAUAUAUAUUUAUUUAUUUAUUUCAUAUUUAUUUAUUCAUUAUCUUUGAAGAAGAGUGUUUUAGUUGAAAUUUCCUCCAUACGAUGACCAGCGUUUUGUAGUCUAGUUGGUAACAUGGAGACCAAAAUUUCACCUCAAAUCAUCACUGGACAUUGGUGUUUUACUGUUAUUCUCGUGCUUAAUUAUAUAUUUUUGGAAAACAAAAUAGAUCAGAUUUGUAUUUUAAGUGCCGAAAUCUAAUUGCUAACAGAAGGAUGAAUAAAAUUUAAAUGUGCCAUAUGUUUUUUUUUAUUUUUAUCUUCAUUUUUUUGCGAGAGGGGUGGGUGGGGAGGAAUGGCACAAGAUGGAGUGGGAGGGACUAACUUAAAGUAGAAAACAUUACAAAUAAACUACUUUUUAAGAGUAAUACAAACUAAAUAAGAAACUGCACAUUCCACCUCAUCUACAUUUCUAGCCAUUGUGAAGGGAAAUGUAAAAAAAUGAUAAUCUUUCAGUUUGAUUAUCCUGGUUAAGGUGGUAUUUUUGCUGCUAAUUGUAUAUACCAAGAGUAGCCCCAGGAAGCCACAGGUUCUUGUUAAAAUGAAAAACAAUGUGAUGUCAGACUUUUUAUCAUGUUGUUAGAGAUAGUAUGGCUGUCGUCUUCUCCUUUUACUUUCUCAGUGGCAGAAGUGUGGGAACAUUUCAGAUGAUGUUUCAAUUGAUUCAAAUUUUGCUCCAUUGAGAUUUUUUUCUUCACCUUUAAUUCGUUUGGAGAAUUAAAGUAGUUCAUGAUUCAUUUACUCAGCACUCACGUUGAUGUUUGUAGCCAGCCAAGGAGGAACAGUUGAUUAAGGUUCUCUGCCGAGUUAGCCUCCAGAUGCAGACGUGGCGUUUAGCUCAAGUUGAUCCUUUUCACUUUUAAAUGAACCAUUCAUGUGGCAAAAAUGCUGAUUCACAGUUUCUAGGUGAAGGGUUGGGUUUUAUUUAAAGUGGUACUUUAAAGUGGUACUUCACUUAAAAAUAUAUAUUUUUAUUAUUUCUAAUUAUAAUCCGUCACUCUGACUUUAUCAUGCAGUUUGAGCAUAAAAAUAGUCUCCUACACCUAUCUCCUGAUUUAGCUUCUGAUAGAAAACAGUUGGGGAAACUCUAGGAUUUGAAAAUCUUGACAGAUCUACAUCACACUGUCACUUAUUCAUGGACUCACCCAUCUUGACUCACGACGGGGAAGGCUGUUGUUGGUUUAGCAUCCAGGAAACAGCAGACAACAUCUCAACUAAAAGCUAACCAUUAGCAUUAGCAACUCCUUCAGGCUUGUGUUAUUUGUGGAGAUAGAACAUCAGUGUUGUAGAGAAAUCAGUUAGUGGUAGAAUCAUGUUGCUGUUGGCCAAUUCAAGACGAGAUGUCCAAAUUUCAGGAAUUAGGACUUCAAAAAAAGAUCUCCUGCAGUGUUCAGCUCCGCUUUGACCUAGCUCACUUCUAGUUACUGAAACAGGCGCACCGGAGCUUUACCCGCAGUAACUUACAAAGCAUUAAUACCUACUACAGACCACUGCAAAAUGUAUUAAAACUAUGAGUAAAGUACCACUUUAAUUAUUCACAAAAAAAUCCCUACAGGUUCUACAAUGUUGAUUUGAUUAAAAAAAUUCCCAUUUCAAAACAAAUUCUUGAUUGAAAACCUGCAAAAACUUAGUUUCAUGUUGAAAAAUACCCUUUGUUAAUAUAAUAUGUUUAACUUAAUGUUUCAAAUAUCCUUAUUGAGAUAAUUAGAAAAUUAGGACAGAAUUUCACUGUGGGGGUGAAAUAUAUAAUAAACUUUUAGAUGUCUAAGGAAUUGAAAACUGGCUUUUCAUGAACUCAUCGCUGAAAUACAGAUGGUAGUCAAAUAGUCAAACUGCAGAAAUCCAGAAUUUUUAACAUAAAAUACAAGUUUAAAAUAAUAUAAGAAAAUCUAACUAGCAGGCCCAAACUACAAAUACAUGAAGAUAUUCUGGUUUCAUAUUUGGAGACAAUUUGGAAAAUUCUUUAAGAGUCCAAUUAGUUAAAGGCUUAGACUUUACUGUAGCUAUCAUUUAGUUGCAUUUAAUGAACAAAUGUUGAACUUUCAAAAGUUUAGUGUGAAUCAGUCUCAAAAUUACAUAAAAUGCCUUGAAAAAUCAAAUAUCUUUAGUAUCAUACAUUUUGAAAAGUCUUCUUUAAGAAAAGGUCAUCUUGCAGCUAACCGUCGCCACCUAUAUGAUGGAGGAUUGUUUACAUGUUUGCAAUAACAGGAGAACCCUCUUGUUGAUAUAAACGUGGACCAAUAUGUGAAAUGGUAAAAUAUAGAGCUGUGAUGUAUUAAUUCACCUGUGAAUCCUACUUUUACAGAUGUUUAUUUUUGAACUCUCAUGGAGAUCAAGAAAAUAAAAAUGCCAGUUCUCUUGAUCUUAAAUUGUCAUCAGCAGUGCCAUAAUAGCCAUCGACAAUGCUUGAAUGAGAUUUUGUUCUAUCUUUUGAAGAAGUGUUGAUGUAUCUAAAAGGAAUCAUUGAGUAGUGACAUGUGUCUUUAAGGUGAUUUAAGAGUGGUUUUAAUGAGCAGUGACCUCACGCUACCAGGCCAGUUUUUUACCAGCUUCUCCUGUGUUUACUGACUUAUAAUCAGAAUAAACAAACAUUAAAUAGCUGGACCACUCAGUUCCUCAGCAGCUUUGUGAUCUCAUCCCACCUGAGCUGAGACGAACCGCAUUGUGACUCGAUGAAUUGAUUCAGUGUUUAUGCUCGAGGCCCAUUUCACACAGGUGUUGAUGAGGUUGUGAUUAUUUCAGCUGAGAUGUGACCUGCAAGUAGCCACAAGUCCCGAUAACAACUCCGGUCAUUAACUUCUCCUUCACUGAAGGAGUGGUUCAAACCAAAAGAUAUAAAAACCCACCAAGGGCUUGCUCUGUGUUUACCGCAUCUAGUAUAUUUAGAGAAUUUUUUCACUGUGCCUUGCAUAUUAAAACUGGUUAAAUAUUUUAAUUGCUACUUAUGAGGGCAGGGCAAAAAAUCUAUGUGUGGUGAAGGUUUGAAGUUUGGGGAGGAUGUUUAAAAAAAUGUGCCAAUUGCUGAUUUAAAUGUGUUCUUUAAUUUAUAACAGUUUUGUUCUUCAUCUUGCUGGGAGUUUUAAACGGGCACCUCUCAAUCUCUUGUCUGUGCAAUAUGAGCUUAUGUCCCUUCAGGGAUGCAGGCGCAAAUCUUUUUUUCUGGCCUUUGGAAGCAAAAACUUUACAUGUUUGAAGAAACAAAUAGAAUCGGGGAAAAUGAAACAACCUAUGUUUACAUUUAAUGAAUUGUUAUUUCAAAUCAGAUGUUUGGGCCUUUUGGAGGAACUAAAAUGUUUCCCUUCAGGGUAGGGCUGGGCAAUAAAUCGAAAAUUUAUUGUUAUCGAAAUUUCUGACUCUUAUUGGGAUCAUUUUGCCCAUGUCAAUAAAUUUGAUAAUAAAACAAUGAAAAGAUGUGUGUAGGUUGGCAACGUUCAUGUCCCUUUAAGAAGCUGGACCACCUUGAGUCGCGUAAAAAUGUGACUCAACGUAAUACGUGCAACAUCCCGAUCUAGUGGACAACCCUUGUUUCUGCGCAUUCCUGUAGUUAUCGUCUAAUAAUCGUUAUUGAGGUGAAAUCCGCAAUAUAUCAAUUCAAAUUCAAUUCAAUUAAAAAAAACUUUAAUCAUCCCGAGGGGCAAUUGUUUAAAUGAUAUUAAUUUCAGGCCGUGUCGUCCAGCCCUACUUCAGGGCAAAUUGCAUUGGCUAUUUAUGAGUGGUAGGACUUGCGGCUCUUUGAAGGAAGCCAUUCAACCAAGAGCCGUUUGUCGGAAUCGGUAUUCCAUCUUCUAAAAAUAUCGCAACUCAUCUCUGACCAGCACUGACCAGAGUUUUAUUUUCUGUAAUUUUUUAACCAUAUUUGAUUUGAAAUUGUCAAAAUUUUUUCUAAAUGCAUUAAAAUGCUAUUAUUAUGUAUAAAGUUGAAUUGAUUUAUUCUAGUUCAAAGGUCAUAAUUGAGGUAUUGUAUCAAACAGGUAGCCUUUCAUAUGGCUCUGUACCCAUGAGUAGCAUACAGCUUCAAAAAGGCUGGUGACCUCUGCUCUCAUUAUUCCCUUUGCCCAAAGUUUGAAUAUUAAUAAACAUAAACUAUCCUGUUAUUGAUGUAAGGCAUAAAUGGAUGGCAAUAAAUAACAACUGCAUGAAGUGCAUUGAAAUCUUAGAAACAAGUCGACUUUGGUUUAAAUCAUUUAAAAUUCCGGUUUUCAGAAUGUGGAAAAUCACCAAGUAGAACAAAAGCAAAACAAUAAACUCAAAUGCAAUAAAAUGAUUCAUAAAACCAUAAUUAGGGAUGUUCUACGUUAGCUUUUUACCCAAAUCCAAUAUACCAAAAAAUGUGCAAGAAAUGGCUACUACUUCAAUUAUAGUUACGCCAGGUGUGCCAAACAAAACUAUCUCAAAAAUUAAAUAAUGGAUCUGUCAUAUUUUGACAUUUUUAAUGAGAGGAGAAGUAACUGAAGAAUUUGAUGUAUGUUAUGUGCAUGUUAUGGUAAAGUUGUGUCAUUCUAAGAGUAAAGACCGAUGCAGAUAAGUUUGGAUAUUUCCUUUUAAUGCUAAUAUCGGCCGAUAAUAAUUGAAAUUGAAAAUUUCGAACAUCCAGAAAUAUAAUAGAUGAUGAAACCAAGAUGUGUUUAAAUGGAGUCUGGAGCAAAAAAAUUAAAUAAUUACACCGCAUCUAUAAAUACGGAAUGAAUGCGGUCCUGUUUUCACAAAGAACAAAAUUCUUUGAGUCCAGUCAGAGCGUUCAUGCCGGCUGUGGUGCGUUGCAGAUCCUUAUGUGGAGAUCUAUAAAGUUUUUGCAUUUUGUCUGGACACCUUAUGCAGAUUUUCAUGAAGUGAAAGAAAUUCCAAGCCUGACAGGAAGUGAGAUGCGGUUCAACAAGGUGCAUCCAGUGUAUUUCAAAAUAAAACCCCUGUUGCAUUUCUUCCAGCUUUCUUUAUAAUUAAUGACAGGGAUAUCAUUUCUCAGCGUUUGAUGGUUCAUGUUGGUAUACCUUUAAACGUAUUAUAUCACAUUUCUAGCGUGAACUUGGGUGAACUGCAGGCUCAAAUUUCCGAAGACAUUCUGUACACGAUCCGCAGUUGAUGUAAAUGACAGUAUCUGGAAGCUGUACGAAAACCAGACCGCAUUCAUCCCACACUCGGUGUAAAUGAGGCGUUAGAACGGCGCGUACUAGCUGCUAGCGCAUCAGUCCACUAAAAGUUAUUUCUCUCAACAGAGGCCAUUUAUGUACUAGGCUAGACAGCAGUUAUUUCUUCAGAAACACACUUUCAAAUGGCUGAAAUUUUAAAUUUUGGAAACUUUUGGCAAAGACAGAGUUGGUGGUUUUCUUUUCUUACUCUCAGCAAGAUGACAAAUAAGCAAUUUUUGUAAAAUCUGGUGAACAACACAGAAUGAACCAGCAUCUACAAGACCUGAUGAGAAAGAACACGGUGUGUUUUUAAAAAGCCAAACUCAUGAGUGUGCUGCUUUUUGUGUUUCAUUUAGCUUUCUGUCAUACAGAACUCACGACAAUCUGAUUUCUCAUCAGCUGACUUUUGUUCUCAUCACGAUUUAGAAUGUAGAGGUGAUUUGUUUUAGCGGGAACUUUUCCUGUUUUUAUCUGAUCAGCAUUUAAGAUGAAAACCAGGAUAUGCAGUAGGUCAGAUUUUCAGACCGCAGUGAGAACAGAAAGGCAAGGCCAGCAGUUACGUCAUCGUCAUCAUCACCAUCAACAGCAGCAUUACUGGGUUUUAUUCAUCACUUCUGUGAUUUUGUGCAUACUUUCUAAAAAAAGAAAUAUCUGCUAUAGAAUCUGCCAUGUAAUGUAAUGUAAAACCUCAACUUGCUGUUCAUGCUGUGAGAUAAAUCUGUCAAAUACUGAAAGCAUCAGAAAUCUGUAAUAUCUCAUGUUAUUACGUGUAUUUUACUUUUUAUUCCUUUUUUUUCUGCUACAGGCUGCAAUUUGCCACCAGAGGGUGAUGUGUAUGUACGGGCCUAAGCUGUACAUUUUUUUCUUUUUGUAACAGAUUUUGUGUAUUUAUGUGCAGUUGGGAAUUAAAUCUUUGUGACUAUUAUUAUUAAAUGAAUUUAUGAAUCGAAUGAGUGCCAAAUAUGCCUGAGCAUGAUAAAAUCAGUUACCUGAGAGGACUUGGAGGUAACCUUUUAUGAGAGACUCGAGUGACUCACUGCUGAUGUAAAAAUUUGAAUUCACAGCCGGAAGUUUAAUCAUGCUCAAUAUUUUUGUUGAAAGCGAGAAAACUUUAAAGUUUUUGCCUUGUUUUUGAAAAAAAAAAAAUUCUUCAAGAUAUUUGUUGUACGUUUCUAUGUCCAUCCAUGGCUUAUAAUUGCAGACAGUGGUGGUCUUAUCAUGUACCAUAGGGGGGGGGGAGUAGAUCUACUUUAUUUUUUUGGACUCAGAAAAAAAAACAUUUGGGUCAUGUUCUUCUUCAAUCAUUCCACACAAAAAUUUGUGUGUUUAUCUGAACUCUGCUUCAUCCAAAAAAAAUGAGCCAGACAUUUGGUGAAUUUUAUCCUGGAUUUUAUCAACUAUAGACUGUGGAUUUGUCCAGCAAAAUGUAAAUGUACAUGUAAUUCUAAUAUUAAAAUGAAGCUAUAAAAACA